GCGUUGUACGUGGGCGUGGUCCAUCCUAGUUCGGUUGCAGCGGAGAUUGCCGAUCAACUUUUGCUAUCAGAAGAGCGUUGUGCAAAGCUAGUUAGCAACCUACAUAACAUAUCCAUUUUAAAGCUUACUUGUCGUAAUUUGUGGCGCGUUUCUGCAUGUUCUAAUUAAGCUUAUAAUUAGCAGUUGUCAACAAACCAACAAAUUCCAGAAGUGACGGGGGAGGACUCCAUUUUUCUACGCGGCAGCCUGCAAGACGGCGGUAAGCUAGGUGCUUGUGUUGCUAGGCUAACUUCCCCUGCCAAAGCAACGGGCAUCUUGCGAAAAAAUUGUCUUCCUGGCGACGCUUUCGUUGAAUACAAAAGACUCCCAGCAUGCUGAUGGUGGGAGGCAAUGGACGGAUGCACUAGAAUGAGUGUGAAGGAGCUGUGUGAGACCGAUGACCUGGCCACCGGCUUGGUGCUGGACCCUCUGCUGGGCUUCAGCACCCACAAGAUGAACAUCAGUCCCCGGCCAGAGAUCCGGCGUUGGGGUAACCUGAAAGAGACCCUGUUGCGCUUCCAGCGUACGCAUGACUUCAAUGCUACGUUUGAGGCGCUGACCGUGGGUGAACCGGCUGGGGACUACUUUAUUGCUUUGGGAAGCCAUCGACAGGAGCUGCUGAGACAACAUGUGUACCGUUACCUCAGUGCCUUCCUGUUAGAUAACGGUAUCAAGAUAGAGUCCUGCGACCGAUACUCCUCAGAGACCAACGGAGCAAAGAUUACCUCCACGAGGCAAUGGUUUGCCGGAGAGCGGGUGGAGGUCCUGCUCGGCUGCAUAGCGGAGCUGAGUCCCGCUGACGGCACGGUGUUGAGGGCAGGAGUCAAUGACUUCAGCGUGAUGUAUUCUACACGCAAGCGCUGCACUCAGCUCUGGCUUGGCCCGGCAGCUUUCAUUAACCACGACUGCAAACCAAACUGCAAGUUUGUCCCCGGGGAGAAGAAUAUUGCGUGUGUCGAAGCGAUUCGACCAAUCUCACCUGGGGAGGAGAUCACGUGUUACUAUGGUGCCAGCUUUUUCGGGGAAGGCAAUGAAAUGUGUGAAUGCUGCACCUGUGAGAGGAAUGGAGAGGGUCACUUCAAACACAGGGGGAAGCAGCCGGAAUGUGAAGAAACAAAGGAUCCUUUGGGGCAAAAGUACCGCCUGAGAGAGAGGUACCUUCGUCAUCACAGAGAGAAGAGGCCGAUAAUACAAGGAAUACACUCAGGUAUUUUUAAAGCCAUCCCCUCAAGGAAUUCCUUCACCCAGCAGAUGAGGAGAAACGCCUUAAAGAACAGAAAAUUUAGUGAAACAAAGAAGUGGAGACGAGAGAAGCACAGGCGAUCAGGAAAGAACCCAUCGAAACAGUAUCAGACACUUUUGUCCCAAUUCACCCUGAGGGACAUCAGAAUCCAAGUACGGCGCCACUCGGUGGACUUCUUACUCAAGUGUAAGGAUCCAAAAAGCAAAGAAAGGGCUUAUCUUCAACGACUGGAAGAAGGGAAUCCUAAAGACAACAGGCUCAUUUCGAAUGGUGACGAAAGUAACAGCCGCGAGGUCAACGUGAAGCCGCUUCCCCCAAAUUCCUCCACGUCGGUCCAGCAGAGAAGUGGACCUGCAGCCAGCAGCGCAGGCCUUGAUGAGACGUCUGCCAGAGUGGUGCAGAGACGGGCAGUUCCCCAGAGGUUCUCUUCAAGAACCAGAAGCAUGGUUCAAACCUCGCUCGCACGUCCAGGAGGGUCCGGCGGUCCAGCCAACGCAACGACAGUUUCUCACCCCGUCGAAAAUAACAAAACCUGCAGUGCAAUAAAACGAGACGCAAGUGAAAAAGCAGAGAGUCAAAGCAAAGAGUCCAGCUGCAUUGAACCCUGCAUCGCCGGCAAGGCUCAAAACCCAGCACCUGAGCCCCCGGAGCACCGGAUCACCAGAGCUUCGUCCACGAUGGAACCCGCAGACGGAACAAACAGAGCCAGAGACAGUCCACUGGUUUCACUAAAGCAAUACCUCACUGUCAGCCUAACGAGGUUGUCCGUGCCAAGUGUAAAAGCAGAAAAGGUCCCUGAAGACCGGAUAGGCAGAGUGGAGCUAAGAGGAAGGGCCGGGCAGAGCCGCUGUACCGCACCGCCGCCGACGGUAAAGUCGAAAAAAAGAGUGUCCAGAUCUCAGCGGCGGCAGGGAGAAGGAAAUUCAGAUACCUGCACAGCUGAAGGUAAUGGAGGGGUGAGGGAAAUGUUUUUCAAGGCCGUCGACGCAGCACAUUUAGAGAAGUUACAAGGAAGUGAGUCGGUGGGCGGUUUGUCCCACACAGAGACGGGGGGAGAUGACAAGGUUAUCGAAAUACAAGCGCCGCCAGAAGAAAGAGGCGACAUACAGAAGAAGCAGCUGCACAUCGAGCAGAAAGAGGAGGAAAAUGCUGAACUAGAAGUUGUGGAAUGUAAAAGUAAGAUGGUCAUGGAGGAAGUGAAAGAGUCGGAUUGUAAAAUAGCCCCCAAUGAAAAAGCAAGAGCAGAAAAUUACCAACAAUGUGUUAAAAAUAUAGUUGAGGAGGGAGUUGUUGAAUUAUCAGAACAAAUUGCGAGGAGUGUGGGUAAAGGGCCGGCAAGUAGGCAGGAAGAGGAUGUUGUCAUCAAGCAGGCGAAGGUUUUGCUAUCUGAUAUUUUAAGAAAAGAUAAAUCCAUAAUAGAUAAAACAUUACAGGGAGAUGUUGUAGGAAGAUUGUUUUCUACUCCUGCUUCUAAAAAGAUGCAAAGUGCCGCGAAGGAAGUCGAAUCGACUGCACUGAACGGAGGCCGGUACCAUCGUCCAAUGCAGAGGAGGAUUAUGAGCCGGCGAAAGAUGAAGCCUAGAGCUGCGAAAACAAAAGCCAGGCAAAGCACCAGGGGACACUUUUGCAAAGAGGUGGCAGCUACAGUGAAGACUGAGUCGAUUGAGGACAGUUUGCAGCUUGAGACCCCGCAGAGGGACGGCGACCCACCGGCCAGCCGCCUUACCCCACUACCUCACAGGUCACUCGUUUCAACGAAAGAGCCGUCAGACACCAGUCCGCAGGCACACACGCAGUCCAACAUACCUCUGAAGAAACGUACGUUUCGAAGUUCUGUGGAAAUAGACUCCACAGAAGUAGAACACGGUUUGACUUCCGAUUUGGCUUCAGAUCAAGCUUCCAAAGAAGCUACUGCGCUGAAUUCUCCGGCGGAGCAGAGGCAGGGGCCGGUCCCGUGUUCAGGGGAGAGGAGCAAUGGGAAAAGACCGGUCAAACGCAGAAAGAGGACAACCGAAGUGCAGAGGUUAAACCCUCAAAAGAUCGGCAAGCAGAACUGCUUCAGGCGAGUGCUACGGUCCCGAGAUAGUGAAGCUCAGCGAGCCAAUUUAUUGAGGAAAGUUCAAAAGUGUAAAGUAGAGAGGCAAGAUGAGGACGACCCCUAUCAGGAUCGAGCACCAGAGGGUGGUACACUCGCAGAGGACAAAAAAGCUACGGGCCCUGAAAAGAAUCCAACUGUGAAGAGGUCCCAGGAGGAAAGUGAGGUGGAAACAUUAAUCCAGCAGAGUAGUUUGGGCGAGACGAAGCCAGGCAUCGAUUUAAAGAUGCGGUUCAAGAGGAGGAGAGGGAGAGUGUGGGAGAUGCAAAGAGCAGGACUGGGAAACAUGGCGUUGAAAACAGAAAAGGGAGACGAGUUGCUGUCAUGCGACCCGUUUAAAGCUAUUAUGGAUUCGGUAUCGAUUUUAAACAUGGAGAUGGAGGCAGCUCAGGCACACGUGCACGCUAGUAAGAAGUCAAAGAGCCGAUUGCAUCAUUUGAAAAGAAGAGGUCAGAGGCUGACUGAAAGGAAAGCCACAGUUGCAUCAUCGAAUGUUAAAUCCGAUAAAGACCUGAGAAGCGCACGUGUGGCCGGUGAAACGGCCAAUGACAAAGUAGAAACUAAAGAGAAGCUGGAAAAGGAACUUCUUCCAGGUGGAGUCAAGCUGCUGACAGAAAAAAUUGAGAGUUGUAAAACUGACAUUGAUAUGUCCGUCGUAGGAAAAGAAACCAAAAUUGAGGACCGUUUUGAAAAGAAUUGCUGCUUGUUUGGAACUGGGUCCCAGCACAAGCUGGAGCCUGAAUUGGAUUCAAAUGGCCUUUUGUUACCAGUAAUUAAACUCCGCAGAAAGACUGAGGAUAUUUGGGAGGUGGACGGCAAAGGGGGGCUUUUACAAACUGAAUUUAAAGUAGAGUCCAAAGUGAAGAAAGAGCUGAAGGGUCAAUAUUUAGGGAAACAAAAUAAAGUAGGUCUCGAUAUCAGCAAGCUCAAAGAAGAGUUCCCGUCGCAAAGACUGAGCAGCAACGCGGCCCUUCUGAAAACGGAGCCGCCGGCCUUCUGCCUGUCUCUGUCGCCGCUGUCCCUGUCCUCCCCCAUUAAUGACAAUAAACCCGAAGCGAUGUCCUCGCCAGCAGAUGCAAUCACGGAAAGGCCAGAGAUGAAUUGUGGGGGAAGGAAACAGAGGCACAAAUUGGAGAGGCCACGGAAUCGUGGUCCCGUCGAAACGCCCACCAGCAGUCUUAGUCAUACACUUCAGCAAAUUGACAACAGCCUCUUCAGGCUCUGCGAGGGCUUGUGUUCAUCUCAGACUUUGGAAAAGCCGGCAGCAUGUCCCAGCGCUUCAAAUUGUGUCAUCCAGCCCCCGUCCCAGUCACCUCCAUUCACAACGGCAGACAACAUGCUUUCCGGUGAGCCCAGCUUCACAAACUGCUGCGAUGAUAUUCUGGACUUCCAGUGUCUCAACUUCGAGGGGUAUUAUCAACCGCAGAACAUACUCCCAUCUUCCCCAUCGGAUCUGUGUUCACUCGAUCCACCAACAGAUCCCUUCAGCAGUCCCCUCUCUCACAGCCCGUCCGAUACAUGGGCGACGGAGACGCCGUACCUCGGCCCCCCCAGUCCAGGGAAUAACUUCACCAGUGAAGAUCUGCAGUUCUUUCCAGCUCUAAUUUCUUCCAAAAGCGACUCCGUUCCUGUGGAAUUGGAAGCGAAGGAUACCGUCAGAGACAGAAUCCAACUCAACCCUACUUUCAGUUUUUCAGCUCUCGGCAACUCUGACUUUACCGCUAAAGAUCGAAUUCUAAGCAAGAAUCCAGGAAUGAGGCUGUCCAGAGAAGACCUCAGAAGCCAGUCCUACCCUGUGGUCGGCAAGCCUCGGGUGUUCGGUGCCCCGCCCUCCUCUGUCGCGUGUCACGCUCCCGUGACAUCAAACCAGCCAUCCAUCAGCGUCAGGGCGAGCACCAGUCAAUCAAAGCUCCAGCCAAACUUUAAAACCCAAGGCCCCUUCCACCGCACCGCUCCAUGUAAGCCUCAGUCGUUUUCAAGUAUCCAGCCAAACGCAGCCAGAGAAAUGCCCCCGAGUUGCUUGAACAAAUCCGUCCCGCCAUCCCAAAUGUCUAACAAGUUCCUCGCCCCUCAACUCUUCACUGUGAAAAAUCCCAAUCCUCCCGACAAUCCCUUCAAGUUCCAUGAGAAAACCUCAACAGUUAUUCACAGGGUGCUUAAGUAUCAGGGGGGGAACCCAACUCCGAACCUGUAUAGUGCACCUUGUAAAGAUGCCAUGGCUGCUGGCGGCCCGAUCAUCUCAUCCAGAACACUCGGUGCCAAGCCAGGUCCCAUCGAGAGGAGCCAGCAGAGUCAAAAAGUAGGUGGUACAGACGGUCAGCACAAAGACAAUGUUUCUGUACUGGGGUUUGGAAAAGAUUUUAGCCAUCUUGGUUCCUCCAGCAACUUCAGCAGGUCCAAUUCUCAUUUCAACAAACCCAACUCCUCUUUCCCCCAGUCGUUCAUCAGAAGUAAGAUGUCCUCUGACAGGCACGAAGGCGUUGAAACCAACAUGGCGUACAAAAACCUGUCAGCACUGCCGAGACCGUUCUUCUUCCCUAGCAAACUGUCCGAUGGGUAUCCACCGCCCCAAGACAAAAAAUCCAACCCGUCGACUUCAGACAAACACCAGCCCUGUUACACUCAGCAAGACCCUUUUGAUUUCAGCUUCGGCUCGUCUCUUCCGCCGAUGCCUCAGCACAGCAAUCCCCAAGUGGCCCACAGCACACCUUCUGGUACGCCAGCACCAGCAAACAAGACUCAGUCCUCGGCCUCUUUCCCAUAUGGCUGUCAAGGUCCUCCUUACGUGCUGAACUUCAGUGGAGAUCAUUCCUUGACCCUGGGUUUGAGGGAUGGGGUUGAGGGUUAUCCAGGACUGGGCUCCACAAAUUACACCUACCAUUGUCUGAUGGAGCCUUCAGGUACCCAAGGGCGGCUGGUCCUCGAGCCCUGUGGACCCCAGGUGUCUAACCCAGGGUCCUUUUCCAUGGGUGGAUUUUCAGGGCUCAGGGGUCAAGACGAACAGUGCAGGAAGGACAUGCAGCAACCGUGCCAGCCCGGGGAGCACCAGGGCCCGUCCCACUAUGGACCCGCACCGUCCUCUCACUCCAUGGGUGCCACCAAACCCAAGAGAGUGAGGUUAGUGGUGACGGACGGCACUGUAGACUUAGACCUCCAGUACUCGGAUUGAUUUGUACCCCCCCUCCCCGUCGUCACUGGAUCCCAGAAUACAUUUGGACGAAGGGAUUUUACAGUAUCGGCUUCCAUUUUUCUGUUAACACUGUACUUCAUAGUCCACCAGUUAUUAAAGCCCUCUGACAGAUUUCUAGGUCAUUUUUUGAUGGACGGUUAAUGUAUGAAUGGCUUGUACAGAGUUUUAUGUAAAACAAGCGUAUUAGUGUGUUUAGCUACUGUAUGGUUUUUAAAAGCAAUUAAAUAUCCACUACGAUUUGCUGAGAAUACCAAAUUAUGCAUAAAAGAUGCAUAAAGGAAAAAAAAUAGUAAAUAUAUUUGUGACUAGGAGUUUGAACUGGCCCUGUACUGUAACAUAGCUGUAUUACUUUUCUACACUGCGUACGGCAGUAGAGAGGAGUACCAGCGUCGGCUGUUGGUACUUGAAUCGGUGGGAUUUAAAAAGGCAGCUUGUGCCUCCUUCUUUAAUAUGUUCUCGUGACUUUUUGAAGCACCUGUUGAAACAGUUCACCCCCGUUUUUAUACUCACAGUAGGAUCUUUUCUCAUUUUGUGUGCGAGUGUGUGUGUGUGUGCAUUGCAUGCAAGUCUCGAGGGAUCAAAGUUAAGUGUGUUGUAGUGCUGUGACAGAUUUGUAGUAAGAUCAUUAGUGCAUUAAUGAAAUGGGUUGUGCAUGAACAGUGUACAGUAACGUGUCACCCUGACUGAAGUGGUUUUAUAUAUAUAUAUAUCACUCACGGACAACUCUACUGGGUGAAGACAUGAACGGCAGCUUUUAACAGCUGCUUUUUGAGUACUUAUGUGGAUGAGUGAGUGUGAGAAACUACAGCAUGUUUUUGUUUUUUUGUUUGUUUUUAAGCCAGUUGUACUCAAUGAAUUGAGGUAUAGUACAAUGUAUUUGUAAUGGGAGUUCUCCCAGUUGGAAACAUUUCGAUUUCACUCAAGAAAUCUGACAAUCUUCUCACAGAGUAACCCAACUUUGUCCUUUUUUUAUUUGGUCGUUUUCCAAAGGAAUUCGUUGUUGUUGUUAUUAUUAUACAUAAAGAACAGACGUAUAAGUUACGCAUCACCUGCAAUAGUUCCUGUUGUUAUGUUGUCGCCGAUGGACCUACAAAUUUUAUAGAUGUUUAUAUUCUAGGCAGAGUUCUCUGCUGUAGAGGGUCUGCGAGGGUCCCGCGUGUCCCAUUGUACUGUUUGUUGAACCUUUGGACGUCGGUCGGCAGGAGUGUUCAGAGUGACUGCACAGCCUUUCAUUACCAUCCUGUCCUGUCUUGAUAAGGAAAGGCCAAUUAUUUAUUUUAAUAUCCUCGUCCUUGAAAUGGUGCUUUAAUGUAAUUUAUAUUUCACAUUGAUUGUUCAAGCUAUUACAUGUUUUUUAUUCUUAUUUAAUGGGAAAAAUACUGAACAGAAUAUUUACAUUGCGUAUUUAAUUUCACAGCCUUUGACAUUUUAUCCAAUGUUUCAAUUGUUACAGGUAUAACUAUCUUUUUUUUCUAAUUAGAAGUUGUUCUUGCUGAAAAUAUGCUGUAGAAAUGUACAAAUGUAGCCUAUAUCAUUAAAGACAAUUAAUUCUUUUUUUUUUGUA